AUGAGAAAUAACCAGAAUGAGCUGCGUGUUGAGCUCUACCAUAAUGUUUGCGACGCUGUGACACGUGGAGAUACAAAUUCUGAGGCUAUCGGACAGCGGAUAGUUUUACCUGCAACCUUUACGGGCAGUCCAAGAUAUAUGAUCCAAAAUUACGAAGACGCCAUGGCUCUGUGUCGUGCUUUUAGGAACCCUGACCUGUUUGUCACAUUUACAGCCAACCCAAAAUGGCCUGAGAUCGAAUACAUGGUAUCUCUCAUACCAGGCCAGAAAUCCCAUGACCGUGCAGAUGUUGUAUCACGCGUUUUUAAGCUAAAGCUGACCUUUUUGAUUGAAGAUAUUAUGAAGAAACAAAUCUUUGGCAAAUGCAGAGCAGCCGUUUACACAAUUGAGUUUCAAAAACGAGGACUACCGCAUGUGCACCUUCUGUUUUGGCUUGAACAUUUCGCCGUGUGUCGCACACCUGCUGGUAUAGAUGAUUUGAUUUCGGCCGAGAUCCCAUUGAAGAUUGACGACCCAUCCGGCUAUAAGGCUGUCACAAAUUACAUGUUGCAUGGCCCAUGUGGGAAUGACGCACGCAGUGCUUCGUGUACAACAGACGGAAAAUGCAUGAAACACUUUCCAAAACCAUUUUAUCGAGAAACGACAAUUGACGAAGACGGUUACCCGGUUUAUCGACGAAGGGAUUCCAGGAUUUUCUUCAUGAAGGGCAAAACUAGGCUUGACAACAGGUUUGUCAUCCCAGACAACCGUUAUCUUCUCUUGAAGUACGAAUCACACAUCAACGUUGAAUGGUGCAACCAGUCUCGAGCAAUAAAAUACCUGUUUAAAUACUUAAACAAGGGGCCAGAUAGGGCUACAAUGGUUGUUCAAGAAAACAUUGGCAGUGACAGCGAAAAGCGUGCACAACAGAUUGUUAAGGUUGAUGAGAUUAAAAACUAUUUGGAUUGCUGGUACUUAUCGCCGUGUGAGGCUGUGUGGCGAAUGCUUGCAUUUCCUAUACAUUACUCAUUCUCGUCCGUCAUGAAGCUAACCUUCCAUCUACCUAACCAACAACUGCUCACGUUGCGUGAUUCGGACAGCUUACCAGCCCUGUUAAACCGGGACGGGAUACGAGAAACAAUGUUCACCCAAUGGUUUGCACUGAACAACAGAGAUGCAGUGGCAAGAAAGUUGACGUAUGCCGAGAUACCAACACAGUAUGUGUGGCAAGAGGAUAACAAGGUAUGGAAAAAGCGGAUGGAACGGACAGCCGUUGGGCGGAUUGUGUAUUACAAUCCAGCAGCUGGGCCAAAGUAUUAUUUAAGGAUGUUGUUGGGAAUUGUGAGAGGGCCCCGAAGUUUCGAAGAAAUAAAAACAGUUGAUGGGGUCAUGUAUGAAACGUACAAAGAAGCCUGCUAUGCGUAUGGCUUGCUUAAUGAUGACAAGGAGUGGAGUGACGCUCUUUCAGAGGCUAAAUUAUGGGCGUCUGGUUCCCAGCUACGUGAAUUGUUUGUUACCAUGUUGUUGUUUUGCGAAGUGAACCGCCCGGCACAACUGUGGGCGCAGAAUUGGGAGAUACUAUUUGAUGAUAUUUUGUACAUGAAACGUAGGCACUUCAUGUUUCCGGGAUUACACUUAUCGGACGACCAGCUUAAGAACUAUUGCCUAAUUGACCUGAAUGAACUAUUGGAGAAAAAUGGCAAAUCAUUGGCAUAUUUCACGGAUAUGCCACAACCGGAUACGUCGCUCCUCGAUAAGAUGCAUAAUCGUCUAAUCAGGGAAGAGAUGAGUUACAACAGAAAACAAUUGACAGAUGAACACGAGCAACUGUACGCAUCACUCAAUACGGAACAAACAACCAUAUACGACAGGGUCAUUGAUUUCGUUACAGCCAGAAAAGGAGGGUUUUAUUUCGUAUAUGGUCCGGGUGGGACCGGGAAGACUUUCCUGUACAGGACCAUCUUGUCACGCUUAAGAUCUAUGGGCCUGAUUGCCCUUGCGGUUGCGUCUUCAGGUAUAAGAAAUAAUCCUGUUAUGGUGUAUAAUUAUUCUCACGCUACUUAA